AUCGGGGACCGGCUGUACUCCGGGGUGCUCAUCACCCUGGAGAACUGCCUCCUGCCCGACGACAAGCUCCGCUUCACGCCGUCCAUGUCGAGCGGCCUGGACACCGACACCGAGACCGACCUGCGCGUGGUGGGCUGCGAGCUCAUCCAGGCGGCCGGCAUCCUGCUGCGCCUGCCGCAGGUGGCCAUGGCUACCGGGCAGGUGCUGUUCCAGCGCUUCUUCUACACCAAGUCCUUCGUGAAGCACUCCAUGGAGGUAAGGCCGCCCGCGCCCCGCCGCCCGCGCCCGCGCCCGGCGCGCUCCGCGAGGGACCCCUCGCUUUGUCCUUGCAGGAAACCGGUGCCUCUUCUGUUGGACCAAGAUUACGUCAACCUGAAGAACCAGAUCAUCAAGGCGGAGAGACGGGUCCUCAAAGAGCUGGGCUUCUGUGUCCACGUGAAGCACCCGCACAAGAUAAUCGUUAUGUACCUUCAGGUGUUAGAGUGUGAGCGUAACCAGCACCUGGCCCAGACCGCGUGGAACUACAUGAACGACAGCCUCCGCACCGACGUCUUCGUGCGGUUCCAGCCCGAGAGCAUCGCCUGUGCCUGCAUCUACCUCGCGGCCCGGACGCUGGAGAUCCCGUUGCCCAAUCGGCCCCAUUGGUUUCUUUUGUUCGGCGCCACAGAAGAAGAAAUUCAAGAAAUCUGCUUAAAAAUUCUGCAGCUUUACACCCGGAAAAAGGUGGACCUGAGCCGCCUGGAGGGCGAGGUGGAGAAGCGGAAGCACGCCAUGGAGGAGGCAAAGGCCCAGGCCAAGGGCCUGCUCCCCGGGGGUGCGCCGGCGCAGGACGCCGCCUCGGGCUUCUCGCCCGCCCCCAGGCUGGCGGAGUCCCCCAAAGAAGGCAAGGGAAACAAGCCCUCCCCGCUCUCGGUGAAGAGCACCAAGAGGAAAACGGAGGGCGUCAAGAAGCCCAAGGCGGACAGCCCGGUGAACGGCUUGCCCAAGGGGCGAGGGAGCCGGAGCCGGAGCGGCAGCUGCGAGCAGAGCUACUCCAGGUCCCCGUCGCGGUCUGCGUCUCCCAAGAGGAGGAAGAGCGACAGUGGCUCCACCUCCAGCGGCUCCAAGUCCCAGAGCCGCUCCCGGAGCCGGAGCGACUCCCCGCCGAGACAGGCGCGGCGCAGCGCGCCCUACCAGGGCUCCAAGGUGCGGAGCCGCCGCCCGGCCAAGGACUGCAAGCGCCCGGGCCAGAAGCCCCGCAGGUCCCGCAGCCAGAGCUCCUCCCGCUCCCGGAGCCGCUCCCGGGAGCGGCCGGACGGCUCGGGCAAGUACAAGAAGAAGAGCCAUUACUACCGGGAGCCGCGGCGGGAGCACUCACGGUCCUACGAGCGCGGCCACCGCUACGAGCGGGACCCCCCCGGGCACAGCCGGCAUCGCAGGUGAGGCGGGCUCCGGGGCCGCCCUGCAGCCCGGCUGUGCCCGGGCCUGCGGAGCCGCUCUUUGGAAAUGUGGCCGCUGGACUUGGG